GACCCUUCUCUCUUCCACUACUUGCGCUGCUAGGAAGAAGGAGUGAUCGGAAGUAUGUUGUAAUGAAACAGGGGGAAAUCUUUACAUCAAGGAAGGAUCGAAAAGAGGAGGGAGUGAUAUGUGAUGUUAUGGCAUCUGAAAGGGGAUACAGAUGGACUGUUUGUGCUGUGAUUGUUCUUUUGAUAGCUCUAUGUGCAGCCCAUAUGACAGAUCGACCUGCCCUUUCUCACCCUCACCGCAAGACUUCUGUCCUGAAGAUGGAUGAGGCCGCCCUUUCGGUGGUCAAUGAGAUCGAGAAUGAAAUGAUGUUAUAUGUGCUUUCUGAUCACUGCUAUCAGUGUUUGCCCCAGCCGUUGGGAAUAUUACCUGCAAGGCCAGUUUCUGGGACCCCCACUACAGUAGGGUUUGUUGUAAGCACACAACACGCUUUGACACUUCAGCUCAACAGCACCUCUGCAAACCUGGAGCAAUGCAAUGUUCACUUCCACUUUGGGGAGCAGGGGAACUAUUCUCUUUGGGUGAAGAACCUGAAUGAGGCGUCGCAGGUCAGCUGCACUAUGAUUACUGAUUCAGAGCCCAUCAACAGCUACUUGCCCAUUUUGUUCGCUUUUCUGGCAUUUGCUUUUCUGGCUGUAUUAUCUGCUAUCUGGAACACAGUUAAAAGGCUGGAUGUGGUGACAAAUCUACUUAUUCGCUUGGGAAGCACAGUGGAGACAGAGAGGCUGAUAAACUCGGAGCUUGGCACUCCAAACAGAUUGGUAAAUGCCUCCACGGAAUCGAUAAUUCCUGCCACUACAGGACGGAGGCUUCGUUCUUUGGAUACUUUCCGUGGCCUUGCUCUGGUCAUUAUGGUGUUUGUCAACUACGGAGGUGGACGUUACUGGUUCUUUAGGCAUGAAAGUUGGAAUGGGCUCACAGUGGCUGAUCUCGUGUUUCCUUGGUUUGUGUUCAUUAUGGGUACUUCUAUUUGUUUGUCCCUGAGCGGUUCAAUUCGCAGAGGUGUCAAACGCACUCAUCUUCUCUGGAGGAUUGUCUCGAGGAGCUUACAACUCUUUCUUAUUGGAGUCAUCAUCAUCAAUCCUAACUACUGCCAAGGACCCUUAUCUUGGGACUCUUUGCGUAUUCCUGGCGUAUUACAGCGUCUGGGCUUCACGUAUCUUGUUGUCACUGUCUUGGAUCUUGUGGUGGCCAAGGACAGACUAACCAAUCUGUCAAGUGAAACAUGCUGGUACUCGGUGCAUGAUGUCUGCCUCUACUGGCCCGCAUGGCUGUGUGUGAUUGUCUUAGAGACGAUAUGGUUAUGUUUGACCUUCCUCCUCCCGGUGCCAGACUGCCCAACUGGUUAUUUGGGUCCAGGGGGCAUUGGUGACUUUGGCCUGUACCAAAACUGCACUGGUGGAGCUGCAGGUUACAUUGAUCGCUGGUUGCUCGGAGAUAACCAUAUUUACCAGACACCUUCAUCACGGGUUGUAUAUCAGUCUAUGAUGCCCUUUGACCCUGAGGGUGUUUUGGGAAGCAUCAACUCCAUAUUGAUGGCUUUUCUGGGUCUUCAGGCAGGGAAAAUUCUGCUGCAUUACAGGGACCAACACAAGCAAAUAAUCACACGAUUUCUCAUUUGGGGAUUCAUACUGGGGAUCAUCUCAGCUGUAUUGACCAAGUGCUCCAGAAAUGAAGGCUUCAUCCCUGUCAACAAAAACUUGUGGUCUUUUUCGUAUGUGACGACCCUCAGCUGUUUUGCUUUUGUGACUCUGGUUUUUUUUUACUACACGGUGGAUGUAAAGAAGUGGUGGUCUGGAGCUCCUUUCUUCUACCCUGGUAUGAAUUCCAUCUUGGUGUAUGUGGGACAUGAAGUGUUUGAGGAAUACUUCCCUUUUCGUUGGAAGAUGGCCAAUAGCCAAUCACACGCAGAGCACCUAGCACAGAACCUCCUGGCCACCUCUAUAUGGGUGUUCAUAGCCUACCUGCUCUACAGGAAGAAGAUCUUCUGGAAGAUUUAAAGGCAUAUCUGUAUCCUGCAGAUUUUAGGACCUGCUCUUCAUUGUGAAAGAGAUUUUUUUUUUUUUUUUUUGAUAUUUUUAGAUGUAGAAAAUCAGCAGAUCUCUGAACAUCUGUGGGGAGACAAAAACUCACAUGUGAUCCAGGAAUAGAACUUAGCUAUUAUUUGAGAAGAGCAGAAGGAAGAGAAAAGAAGAUCACAUGGCAGUGCAAAGAUACCUCUUUUUGGAUUCAACCAAGCCUUCAAAAUGAAUGACAAGAUGCCAUGGGCAGAUUCUGCUAAAUUCUAAUUCAGUCUACUGGUUUUGGGUUAAUUAAUGAUGUUUUGAAGCAUAGUGAUGCGUUAUGAUUGGAUUUGGAAUUUCCUCAAUUCUGAACGUUUCAGGGCUAAGUUAGGUUUAGUUAAAUAAUAGAUUUCAGCAAUUGUGAAACUAUAAGCAAAUACGAAGGAAUGAAAACCCCAAACUGCCAAAAAAAAAACAGUCUUCCAUCAAGGUCUACAAAAUAUGCUGAAAGAUCCACUAUUAAGGCAAAAUAAUGUUACACAAUUUUAGGUUUAAUUUUUAAUGUCAUGAACACUCUGGGACUUUUUUUUUUUUUUUUGUGGACUCUUUAUCUCUUUUUUUUAUACUGUGGUUUUAUUCUUUAUAUCGUAAGAUCAAAGUUUCAUGGUAAGAAUAGGAUGUAUGUGUGUGUUCUGCCUUCUCAAAAACUCAGGAGAUUUGCACAACUUGGGAGUGCCAAAUAUAGUGUUAUGCUUUCUCAGAUAAAACCAUGUCCUUGUUUAUUACAAUUUACCAAUAACUUGUAACCUCUCCCAAAAACAUACAUCAAAUUAAAAAACAACAACAAAAAAAAAACACUAAUCACUGACAUAUUUCCCAUACACAUUGCUGCUUAAGAAAAUAAUUGUUCCAAGAGAAGGGAAAAUAUUGAUCCACCACCGUAUUUGUUGCCGACUCGAAAAAUCUAUUCCAUUUUUGUUACGGAUAAUGGAUAUUUUACAGAUGUAUGAACUACAUUUCCUCAUGUUUAUCUUUGUUUUAUCAACAUGGGAUGUGGUAAAAAAUAAAUCUUUUUUUGCCAUUAAA